ACAAGGCCCUGUACCCUCUUUAUGCAAUGACAGCCGACAAAUCAAGGCGUAUCGAUUAUUGUGUCACUCUCGUCUCACACUGCAUACAACUAACAACUAUAAAAGCCAGUCCACAAGUCUGUGCUCUGUUUACUACUAUUCAAACAUUUGGACGGCAUGCGUGCACCGGAGUGGAUGAGCAAUGAAAUGGCGCGGCUAACGCUCAAGCUUGAGCGUUACAAGCCAACAAACAGUGGAUACAAUCGCAUACAAUCCAUUCGUCUGUCCAAGAGUGUGCAACAUAUGCUCAACAAUCCAUUGCCAGUUGCCAAUUCAGUGAGGGAUUCCCGGCAGCAGGAGAGCACCUUUACAACUCCACGUCGUCGAGGCGUGCUGAGCCGCAGUGAAUCCCAUUGGGAGGAGGUGUAUCCAGCAGUCAAGUUCAGUCGGCAGCAGAGCAACGAGAGUGCCUCCAGCGCGGAUAGCACAGAGAAUAAAUUUACACACUACCGGAAUUGCUCGACUCGCAUUACCUGAGCUCAUCCUGGACAUUUGGCAGCACCUAUAAUUCAAUUUGCACUUUUGACAUUGUAUCUAAGCAACAUCAUUUAUAAAAUUAAGUUAUUAAAAGCAGUUGAUUUGCGUUAAAGUUA